GAGAGAAAGUAUGAUAGAAUAGAAAAAGAAGCAAUGACAUUUAAAGUGAGACAGAUAUUGAUAACUAGGCCAGAAUGUAGAGAGAGAUGGAGAGACAUUUGGAGAGGGAGAGAAACUGAAAAUAAAGCGGUGGCUUGAGAGAGAGGGAGUGAGCUUGCGUCUACGUCAGGAAAAGCUCCGAGCUUAUUGGUCCCGGUCCAUUGUUGCGUAUUGAUUGCUGCGGAGCGGUGGUAUGGUCGUCGGGACACUUGGUCGUCGUCGUCGUCGUAGUCGUCCUCGAUGAUGAUCGGCGCGGCGGUGCCGUCAAGUCGUAUGGGUUUACGGAAACGCGUCUCGUAGUUGUUGUCGUCGUCGUCGCCGUCGUUGUCGUUCUCGGUCAACCUCUGCCCGGGACAAACAUUUUUGACACAUAUAUAUAUAUCUCUAUAUAUAUAUUAUAUACAUAUAUAUAUAUAAAUAUAAAAAUAUAUGUAUAUUCUAAUAUACGUGCUGUGUGUGUGCCAGUGCCGAAUAUCGCGGUGACGCAUCUCCUCGUAAUCGACGCCAGUGUUCUCCGGAAGUGACACCCAGGACUAGGCCACGAGAAUAUUUUUUUCUUCCCCCCCCCCCCCCCUGUUCAUAAUUCGUUUCAAGUGAUACGAGAAAGGUUCUGGACUGUAAAAAUAAACAGAAAGAAAAAUUUUGUUGGAUGUUUUUCAAAACGAAUCACGAAUUUCGAAUUGUAGAGAAGAGAGGUCACGGUCCAUUCGAAGUUGCCAAGGGAAUAAGGAAUUUGUUGAGAUGCGACCCACUAAAAAUGUCACGAUAGAAAUUUACGAAAGAAUUUUGAAGAAUCGAUAGUCGAAAACUCUUUUUUUUUGUUUCUUGAAUAGUGGAAGUAGUACAAUGUGUAGAAAACAACAGCAACUGGUAGAAAGGAACAGGAAUUGACGAAAAAAGUCAGAGAAAAAUAGAGAGAAAUCUGUUUCUGAAAAAGUAGAAUUUUGGUCCAAUUUUAGAAAAGUUUAUUUAUAGUUUACACUGAAGAAAAAUUCUUUCUACAUAAUAGAAAGAAGUUGGAAUAUUAUUUUGAAGAAAAAAAGGAAAUAUCAGAGUAAUAUUAAUAAAAAUUGUGGAUAUUUUUCGAUUUACGGAUGUUGUUUUGAUGAAAAGUUGCAAGUGCUGAGAGUAUCCGAAUUCAGUGGGGAAUAUUGGAGUGAAAAUUAUUAUCUGGGAAAAAAUCUAGUUGAUCAUCAUCAUCAUCUGUUGAAAAGAUUGUCUACUCGAAAAAUCAUCUAAAAAUUGUCAUCUACGGAGAAAAUUAUCAUUCACCAGUAAAGUUACCAUCUAGUUAUCAUCUUAUGAAGAAUUUAGUGAAAAAUCAUUAGUAGGUGGUGGAAUUUAGUGAAAAAUCAUCAAUUUAGUGAUAAAACAUCAUCCAGUGAAAGAAUUUAGUAAAGAUUCGUUAUUGAGGAGGAAAAUUAUCAUCUACUGAAAAAAUCAUCAUCAGCUGGAAAAGUUAUUAUCUACUUAGGAAGUCAUCAGAAAAUUUAUUAUCUACUUAAGAAGUCAUUACCCGGUGGAAAAAUUAUCAUCUGCGUCAUUAAAUCGAAAAAUCGUCAUUCUGUGGUCCAAGCAUCAAAAACUGGAAAGGAAUUACUGUCAAUUGGGGUAAAAUCAUCAACUAUCGGAAAAAACAAACAACUAGAACUGAUUAGAAGAAUCAUUAAAAAUUUCGACCUCUAGAGAAAUUGGCAAUCAGAAGGAUUAUCAACUACUAGUAAGAUCAUCAACUAGUAGUAAGGAAAUCUAUAAGGAAAAAAUAUCACUAGAAAGAGACAUUAAAACCACUAGGAAAUCAUUUAAGGGAGAGAUCAUUAACUACCAGUAGUAGGACCAUAGACGAAAAAUCCAAAUAAAAGAAACGAAAUAAAAGAAAAUUACGUGAAGGAUCAUUAACUACUAGUAAGACCAUAAGCCACUGGAAAGAGAACCAUUAGUAAAUUCAUUGGAUAAUUAAUUACGAGAAAGAUCAUUAACUACUAGUAAGACCAUAAGCCACUAGCUAGAAAACCAAAAAAUAAAUCAAGGGAAACAUCAACUACCAGUGAGACCAUAAAAUAUUGGAAAGAUUGUCAACCAGGGUCAGAAUCGUCAACUACUAGUAAGACCAGAAACGAAAAGAUCAACCACUAAGACCAUAAACCAUUGGUAAAAUCAUCAAUUCCGAAAAUUAGGAAAAUAAGCAAUAGAAAAAUCAAGUGCUAGCAGGACCUUAACUAAGCAACAACUAGUAGGUCCGAAUCCACCAGGAAAAUCAUCAAUCGCUGAAAGGACAACUACUAGUAAAAUCACUACAUAGUAAAAGUCAGUAAGAUCAUUAACUACUAGGAAAAAGUCAUCACCCACUGAAAAAUCACUAUCCCUAAAAAUCCGCAUUUGGAAAUAGAAACCAUCCUAAAAGCACUAAUUCUCCAAAAAGUCGAAAAAAGAGAAAAGCAAAAACAAAUUCAAUUUCAAAUUCAAAAAUAGUGAAACAUCAAGAAAAAUCCAACGAACAAUCCACAAAAAAAAUCCCCCAAGUGAAUUGAAUUGAAAAGUGAAAUAAAAUUAUGUGACAGUUUCGGAAAAAUCAACAAACAAGACUAUAGGAAAAAAAAAAUGAAGAAUUUAAAGUGAAAUUUCCAAAGAAAACAAACAUGAAAAAAUAAAGAUGUGGAGUGAAGGCAACGAGUAGUGAAACCAAACUUUGAAAAAAAAAUCGAUUUCUCCCCUUCGUUCCUCAAAAAAGGAUAAACCCCCCCCCCCAUAAUAUCGGAGUCUUUGAUUGGAAAAUAAUCUCGUCAAGGGCAAAAAAAAAAAAAAAAAAAGAAUAAUGAAGCGAAUGAAGAGCAGACUGUUGGCUGAUCAGUGGAGACGGUGAAUGUGUGACCCGGGGGCAGCCAGCAGAGAUCUGCUGCCGGGAUGACGUAUGACGUGACGACCGAGCAGCCCCCGGUUGACGACUGCCUCAAAGUAAGGAAAUGGUGGUGCUUCGUCCUCUCGAGUAUAUUCACCUUUCUCGCGGGGCUGCUCAUCGUUCUGCUCUGGAGGGCCUUUGCCUUCCUUUGCUGCCGAAAGGAGCCCGACGUCGCUCCAAAUGACCCCAAGCAAAAGGAGCAGAAGGCGGCCCGCCAGAAUAAAGAGUUCGAGGGCACUUUUAUGACCGAGGCCAAAGACUGGGCCGGCGAACUCAUUUCUGGUCAAACUACCACUGGACGAAUUCUCGUGGUGCUAGUUUUCAUUCUCAGCAUAGCGUCGCUUAUAAUAUAUUUCAUCGAUGCCUCCAGCGAGGAGGUGGAGCGUUGCCAGCAGUGGAGUAACAACAUUACUCAGCAGAUAGACUUAGCUUUCAAUAUAUUUUUUAUGGUCUACUUUUUUAUACGCUUUAUCGCCGCCAGUGACAAGCUGUGGUUCAUGUUGGAGAUGUAUUCGUUCGUGGACUACUUUACGAUACCACCGUCUUUCGUUUCGAUCUAUCUUGAUCGAACGUGGAUCGGACUGAGGUUCCUUCGAGCCCUACGACUGAUGACAGUCCCUGACAUCCUCCAGUACCUCAACAUUCUAAAAACAUCGAGCUCCAUUCGCCUCGCUCAACUCGUAUCCAUUUUUAUCUCCGUAUGGUUGACUGCUGCUGGCAUUAUACAUUUGCUUGAAAACUCAGGGGACCCUUUCGAGUUCAAGAAUCCACAACAGCUUUCAUAUUGGACAUGCGUGUAUUUCCUGAUCGUGACUAUGUCAACAGUCGGAUAUGGUGACGUUUUCUGCAAUACAAUUCUCGGCCGUACAUUCCUAGUAUUUUUUCUACUCGUCGGUUUGGCAAUUUUUGCUAGUAGCAUACCCGAGAUAAUAGAGCUCGUAGGCAGUAGGUCCAAGUACAGCGGCGAAUACAAGCGGGAACACGGAAAGAGACACAUUGUUGUGUGCGGCCACAUCACCUACGAGUCUGUCUCGCACUUUCUCAAGGAUUUCUUACACGAAGAUCGCGAGGACGUCGACGUAGAAGUCGUCUUCUUACACAGGAAGCCACCAGACCUCGAACUGGAAGGACUAUUCAAACGACACUUCACGACCGUCGAGUUCUUUCAGGGGACCAUCAUGAACCCCAUUGAUCUGCAGAGGGUCAAGGUACACGAAGCUGAUGCGUGUUUGGUUUUGGCCAACAAGUACUGCCAGGAUCCGGACGCGGAGGAUGCAGCGAACAUCAUGCGAGUCAUCUCCAUAAAAAAUUAUUCAGACGACAUCCGUGUUAUCAUUCAGCUCAUGCAGUAUCAUAAUAAGGCCUAUUUAUUAAACAUUCCAUCGUGGGACUGGAAGCAGGGUGACGAUGUGAUUUGUCUAGCGGAACUAAAAUUGGGUUUCAUCGCUCAGUCCUGUUUAGCGCCAGGAUUCAGUACAAUGAUGGCUAAUCUCUUUGCCAUGCGUUCCUUUAAGACGUCGCCGGACACUCAAGCGUGGCAGAAUGAUUACCUGCAGGGCACUGGCUGCGAGAUGUACACGGAAACCCUCUCCCCGUCCUUUACCGGGAUGACAUUUCCCCAAGCCAGCGAGUUAUGUUUCACCAAACUGAAGCUCCUACUCCUCGCUAUCGAGAUUAAAGGAGAAGCAGGUGCUGACAGUAAGAUCUCGAUAAAUCCAAGAGGUGCCAAGAUCGCUGCUAAUACUCAGGGAUUCUUCAUUGCUCAAUCGGCCGACGAAGUGAAGAGAGCUUGGUUCUAUUGUAAGGCAUGUCACGAGGACAUCAAGGACGAAACCUUAAUCAAGAAAUGCAAGUGUAAAAACUUGGGGCAACAGCAGCGUUCCUGGGGCCGGGACUUAGAUGUGGGGAUGAUGAUGAUGCAGACGGGUAUGGUGAAAGGAAACUCCACCUGCCACAGAUACCUUGACGUGGCCACAUUCCGGAAAGGCGUGCGAGCUGUUCAAAUGGUUGGAAGAGCAAGUGAAGACUUCUCGUACGCAAACGACCACCAUCCUCCCCCCACCUUCACCCCGCCAGAACUGCCCAAGAUGGUUCACGUGAGAGGUGAAAUCAGUCGCGAACGAGACGAUCCGAACGCCAUGAGAAAUCAUCGAAACUCCGUGGGAAUGACAAUGAUGAACUCAACGAAGCAAGUCAACAAAGUGAAGCCAAACGUGAACAGGAACACCAAUGAUAGUUUAUCAAGUCCCAAUCAACCGUACAAUCAAAGAUCGCAAGAGGAGUCCGCAUACGCUGGCUACCAUCUCGCCUACGAAGUCAAAAAACUCAUGCCAACGAGUAGGGCUUCGGGCGGUACGAAUUUAAACAACACGGGACUACAAGUGGGAAUUGCUGACGAUCAAGCGAAGGAUUUUGAUUUUGAAAAAACUGAAAUGAAAUAUGACUCAACGGGAAUGUUCCAUUGGAGCCCGGCCCGUAAUUUGGAAGACUGCAUUCUGGAUCGUAAUCAAGCGGCAAUGACUGUUUUAAAUGGCCACGUUGUCGUUUGUCUAUUUGCCGAUCCCGAUUCACCCCUCAUUGGACUGAGAAACCUUGUCAUGCCAUUAAGAGCUUCCAAUUUUCAUUAUCACGAGCUUAAACAUGUUGUGAUAGUUGGAUCUGUUGAUUAUAUCCGCCGCGAGUGGAAAAUGCUACAGAAUCUGCCAAAAAUAUCGGUGCUAAAUGGCUCGCCGCUGAGCAGAGCAGAUCUACGUGCCGUAAACGUAAAUCUUUGCGACAUGUGUUGCAUCCUGUCGGCAAAAGUGCCUAGCAACGAUGACCCCACCCUCGCCGACAAGGAGGCCAUCCUCGCAUCCCUUAACAUCAAGGCGAUGACUUUUGAUGAUACUAUCGGUGUCCUAAGCCAAGUUGGUAGCCCCAUCGUUCUCCAACGAAGAGGAUCGGUCUACGGAGCAAAUGUGCCCAUGAUUACAGAACUUGUAAAUGACAGCAACGUACAGUUUCUGGAUCAGGAUGACGAUGAUGAUCCCGAUACUGAACUCUACCUCACUCAACCGUUCGCUUGUGGCACUGCCUUUGCUGUCAGUGUACUAGAUUCACUCAUGUCAACGACAUAUUUCAACCAAAACGCACUGACGCUUAUUCGAUCGUUAAUCACUGGAGGUGCGACGCCUGAACUGGAAUUAAUUUUAGCAGAAGGCGCUGGUUUACGAGGUGGUUACAGCACGACAGACAGUCUCUCAAAUAGAGAUCGUUGUAGAGUUGGACAAAUUUCAUUGUACGACGGGCCAUUAGCUCAGUAUGGCGAAGGAGGCAAGUACGGUGACCUCUUUGUAGCAGCAUUAAAGUCUUAUGGAAUGCUGUGUAUUGGUCUGUACAGGUACAGGUUUCGGGACACGAGUUCGUCGUGCGAUGCAUCCUCGAAGAGAUAUGUCAUUACUAAUCCUCCUGAUGACUUCACACUUUUGCCUACUGACCAGGUCUUCGUGCUCAUGCAGUUCGAUCCAGGCCUGGAGUACAGGCCAAGUAGAGGAGCCAGAGGGAAGGACGACGCCUCCUGACUGUUGCUGUGUAGCGCCCUCACCGAUGGACCAUAUUCCUACAUUUAAAUACCCGUAGGAAAUUUUUCAUGCCUUUUUACACUAGAAAAAGAAAGACAAAAAAAAAAACCAUCAUCCGAAGAAUGUUUCUUCAACUUCUUCUCGUCAAGUCCAUCAGUUUUUACAUUUUCUCCUAUUUUUACCGCAAUAUUCUCAGGAUUUUCUCUCAAGAAUAUUUUUUUUAUUUUUUACCCCUUACAAAAUAUAUACACCAUUUUUCACUUAACCAGUGCCAAGAAAAUCGAAAUCACAAUCCCAUCUAAUUUCUUCUUUCAACUUCAGAUAGAAGAAAUUAGAAACAAGAAAAUAACCAGAAAUGUUCCUAACAAAAAAAAAAUAAUUUUUAUAUAAGUGAAUUCUUUAUAUUCUAAUAAUUAAAUUCUCAUUUUUCUAAUCGAACGAGAAAAAGAUUUUUUUACCCCCUCAAUAUAUGAGGUGGGUGAAAGAAUAUAAGAUGGUGAAAGAAAUAGAAAAAAAAGAAGAAGAAGAAGAAGAUGAAGGAUAAUAUUUGAAAAAGGCAUGAUUAUGGUUCGAGGGACGCUACACGAAAUGAAUAAAGAAAAAAAAAUAUACGUCGAGUGUCAUCUCUGAAGACAGAAAAAAAAUGACACAAAAAAAAAACUCUUUUUAGUAUAAAUAUAAAUAUGAAGAUAAAUAAUGAUUGUAAAAUCGUGUAUAAGCGACAAUUUCGUCUAUUGUCGUUGAGUGAUAGCAAAAAAAAAAAAAAUUCGACUGGAUUACUUUAAUCGAGUGUUGGCAAAAAAAAAGAAAUGAAGAAAGCGGGUGUAAGUUGAAAUGAUUUUCCAUCACCGACCUUCUGUUCCCCCUUCAGUCGUGCAAAAAAUGAGAAAAAAGAAAAAUGAAGAAAUGCCGAGGAAUUGACGAUGCUGCAAAAUUGUCACUCGAAGACAUUGCGACAUAUGUCCUCCUAAAAUUGCACUUUAGGCAAAAAAUGAAAAAAAAAAAACGAAAGAGGGAAGAUCGGCCGGGAAGCAGAGUGCGGGACUUGAUAAUCUUACCUCGUGUGUCUUGUUUAGGACUAAUGAAACUUUCAAUCAAGCACUUUGUACAGGAUUUAUAUGCGCAGAUGGUAAGCAUUUCUUUUCCUCCCCAACGAAGCAUUAUUAUUGCUCAAAAAACAUUUUAUAACUUUGAUAUAUACAUAUAUUUAAGAUUAAUUACAAACUGAUAUUUAUAUAAAUUAGUCGUUUUUUCUGUUUUUAAA